AUGGAGCACGAUGAGGAUCAGUUACCCCUGCCGACAAACAACCCAAGCAAUGAACUUCCCGGUAUCUUGUGCCUCUCCUCCGAGCUCCGACUUCGUAUCUAUCGAAAGCUGGAGGGUUGGGGCUGGGGUCUACAUAGCUGCCGCCAUGCCCUCGACUUGAGUGCACCAGAACCGCCUGGAACCCUGACCGAAAAGGAUUAUUAUAAUUCCCACCUCACGGUCAACACGCGUAGAAAGCAGUUUCUGCGCUCCUUGCAACCGCUUCUUUUCUCGUGCCGCACGCUCUACACCGAACUCGCCCAUAUAAUCUACUCUGUUGAGUGGUUCGUUUGUUAUUACAAAGGUCCUGGUUCCCUGGCGCAGCUCCAAUCGUUGACCCCAUCUUCGGUGGCAUCUUUGACGAACCUCAAGAUCGUUCUUAACAACGCGUCGUGCCAUUCCCAAGAGGGUUGGGGAAUGUGCUCCGUCACUCCUUUUAUGUACCAAAUUUACUUCCCGCCUAGGGACGAGGGUCAACCCGCUUCCCUUGCCCCGGGAGCCGACCUUGAUUAUGAUGCACCCCUUUCCCUUUCCAAUUCAUCAGCGGCAGACAUGUUGGCAGAAUGGGAAAAGGUAGCGGGGUAUUUAGGCUCCCAUGUUACUCCUGGGGAACUGGAGCUUUCUUUGGUGUGCGACGUCGAUGUGGAAAACGAUGGCGGUUUGGCUCGACGAGUGGCGGAGUCGUUGAAGUACUUUCCACGUCUGAAGGAGUGCCACCUCAGACUAGCCAAAACACCAAACUACGCCAUCCGAGAGAUUUGCCAGGAUGCUGUUAUGGAAGCACGUGGUUUUCUACCCCCGUCUACGUUGCACAGCACCCAGGGCGCCGGAUCCAGCACACCUAGGAGAACCGGACUGCUCGACUUGCCACGUGAACUACGUCUACACAUUCUCGAGUUCACCGACCUUAUUACGCCCAUGAAGGAAGUCAUGUGGUCUCGAGCUCACUUGAAAUACGUAGCAAGUCGAUCGUACUGUCCGAGUUGGGAGGGAACAGGGGACCAUGAAUGGCCAGCUGGCCAUCACUGGUGCUGCCAAUUCAAUCGCUGCUGGGAGCGGUCGUAUCCUUAUAAGACCUUGGGGUGCUUUUGCGGGAGUGUCCAUUCAGCGUUCUCGUCGACCUGCCGGUGUUGGGCCCCUCCGACCCGGCUGUUCUUGAUUUGUCGCACACUUCAUCGAGACGCCAAUUUGGUCUUUUUCUCCGAGAACCGCUUUGCUGUGAUGGAGGGCGAGGCAAUCAGCGUAUACUCGCCAAUACCGUGGAGCGGGCUCGAGAAGAGGGGCUGUCUCGCAGCUAGCGAGUUCCUGAGACGCGUUGUCCCCCUCGACUGUCUGGGCCACCUCCGGUUUCUCUAUCUCGUUUUUCCCCCCUUUUACCCAGGCCAGUGGCCGGCCAAGGGCAGUGCGGUCUAUCAGGACUGGCUAGCGACCGUGAUCUGGGCCAAGAGGAGGCUCAGCCUAGCCGCCCUCACUAUACAUGUGUGCGCUACAUACAGAGGCGAUAUGGACGACUAUGAGCCCUCGGCUCGAUUCACGACGGCAGACGCGGAAGCCGUCCUGGUGGCUUAUCAGGAAAUACUGCAACCGCUCACGCACCUUGGCGGUAACCUGGGGCUCGCCGGAUUUGAUGCCGACCUUUCAUGGCCGUGGAGUCGGAUCCCAGUAUUACCGACAUCGUAUGAUGCUGAGGAGGAACGGCUCAGGCAGUUCGACAGCAAGGACAAAUCGCUCAACGACCAGGCACUGAUCCAGGUCCUGGGCGAAGAUCGAUAUUAUGCCCGGUUGCCUCCGCGGUUCGAUGAAUACGAUGGCCCCAUAAAUGACGGGGCAUGGCGUGACAUUUUUGCUAGGCACUGUUAG